UCUACCCGUAUACCUUAUCUAUAGCAUUAUGCGACGAAAUAAUUCCCUAUUGCUAUUACUCUUGUUUAUAACGAUAACAAUGGGUUCCGACUACGUAAACAAAUCGCACACGAAGCCAUGGAAAGUAAGAUUCUACCCUAAAAAGUCAGUGUUCAGGAAAGCCGACCUCAUCGACAAAGGGUGUACUGUGUUUAUCAAGGAUUGCCCCCAGUCGUACAAACAGAAUUUGGUCUGCGCAAGACAUUACGACGGACAAUUUAAAACUUUCAACAAUUACUGUGAAAUGGAGUUCGAGAAUUGCAAUAGUUGGAGACAAUGGAGUAUGAUCAAGCGAGAUCGAUGCUGAAGUUUGGUAUCACUAUCUUAUUUCUUACAAUUUUAGUUAUUAUGACAAAUAUAUGGUUAUAUUUUUAUUAAUACAUUUUACUAUUAUUUACUAAAGUUAAGAAAUGUAAUGUGAGUAUCAUUUGCAUUCUAAAAGGAUUCUGUACCUUCGCAUAAAAUAAAAAAAAUUGCUUUAUAUUAAAGUAAAAUUAUUUUCGACUCAUUGUAACAGAUAUUUCAGAACCACGAUAAUUCACGAGGUCUAUCUGAUAAGAUACACAGUUACAAAUGGGGCCGCUAAUCCUCGUUACAAUCCCGUUCCCCAGUUCUGAACGU